AUGAACACAGGAAGGAGGCUCAAUCCGUGCCACCUCUCUAAAGCAAGCUGUGAAAUGAUGGCAUCCGUGCUGCAAAGUGCACCUUCCCAUCUGAGAGAACUGGACAUGAGUGACAAUGACCUGCAGGAUGAAGGAGUGGAGCUGCUCUGUGCAGGACUAAGAGAUCCACAAUGCAAGCUGGAGACACUGAGACUGUCUGGUUGUCUCAUCACACAUGAGGGCUGUUCUCUCUUGUCCUCUGCCCUCAAAUCAAACCCCUCCUACCUGAAACAGCUGGAUCUGAGCUACAAUCACCCAGGAGACUCAGGUGUCAGAGAGCUCACAGACAGACUGAAUGAUCCCAGCUGUAAACUAGAGACGUUGAGCCUAAAUCAGUGUCACCUCUCUAAAGCAAGCUGUGAAAUGAUGGCAUCAGUGCUGCAGAGGACACCUUCCCAUCUGAGAGAACUGGACAUGAGUGACAAUGACCUGCAGGAUGAAGGAGUGAAGCUGCUCUGUGUGGGACUAAGAAAACCGCAGUGCAAGCUGGAGACACUGAGUUGA